CUUUCAUUGGGGAAUGGUUGACACAUAAAUGGAUCGAUGCCUGUCAGCUCAAAUGCGUAUCCAUCCCCCCCCAUGCAUUGACAGCAAAGAAGCCUUACAAUGAAUGCAUCAUGAACGACAACACACUCACAGAUACGAGCGGAUUGCUCUCGUUGCUGCCAAUGUUGCCGGCACGCACAGAUGGACCACAUACACGCCCUGCACACACGCAUGCAUCAUUUGAGCCAUUUGUGGCGACUCAAACAAAUCACGCCACACCACACCACACCACACAGACAGACGGAAGAAACCAUUCACCGCCUCAUUUGCACGCUUCAUUGCUCGUCAGGCAGGGAAUGGCCACACGCGACGCACAGUGAGAGAGAGAAGAAGAAGGAAGAGAGAGACGCACUACAGAAGCUCAUAUCAAGAAAGGCAAACGGACGUCCUCACUUCAACACAUCAAUCCCUCCCCCUGUCGCCAUCUACAUUCGAUCGUACACACUCUACACGGCUAACUAGGCCGCACAGUUUGUCAAAAGCACCGGCUUGUCGUUCCAAGUCACCGGCUGGUUGUUCAGCAACGCCGACCUGUCCUGCCCUCCAUACGAAGAGGACGCCUUGGUGUCCGAUCCGCCAUUAGUCGUGGUCUCCUGGUCGGUCGUGGCUGGCUGCUCCAUCUCCACCACGGUGUCUGAGUUGGCCGCUGAGGGGGCGGCAGCCGUCGUGGUGCUGACGGCCAGCAGCUUGGUCUUGGGUGCGAGGGAGGCCACAGCCUCUAUGAAGCGGAUCGUCAUGUUGUUGCUCUUGCCGGUAUUGGCCGUGUACCUGCAGAAGCCGAUGGAAAGGAACCUAGAUACCAACCAAGUACACCGUGCAUGGCCAUGUGUACCUGCCACUGAUGUGCGAGUGCUCGCGGUUAUCGAAGCGGCCGGUGACGUCCACGUGAAGGUCGCCGGUGAUGGCCUUCUCACCCCACGACAGCUCCAGGGUCGUCGUGUUGUAGAAGCCCUCCACCUUGAAGGCUCCGUCUUUGUCGAUUCCCUCGCCGUUUACCGUGCCGUCGUACUCGAAUGCGAGCAUAUAUUUGGUCGUCCAGCUCUGGUCGUCCUCGAUGUACCUGCCGACCCACUGGCCAGACGGAGGGGGCGUGGCGGUCGAUUUGGGCUUGAUACGCUCCUUCCGGUUGUUGGCGGCGAGACUGUCUGCCGUGGACGAUAGACACCCGACGAGGCAAGCGAAGAGGCAGACGAAGCCUAAAACGCCGCCGAUGAUGCCAGCAACCACGGCGCCAGACGCGCCGUCACCACCACCACCUCCUCCGCCGCCAACAAACCCGCCUCCACCACCACCUCCACCGCCCCCUCCGCCGCCACCCUUCAAUCUGCGGCCCUCAGCAUCGACGAGAGCCGGGAUGGCCGACAAGAGCACCGCAGCGGCCAGCACCGACACCGGAGGACGGACAGAGAAAAGGGACUGAUGCUUGCCCUAAACGCUGAUGCUCCCUCUUACGGCAACCGCCCCACGCGAUCCAUCCUGGCGACGCACGAGCGCAGAAAGAAGAACAAGCAAGUGCGCGCCUGCGAGGACCUGUCCAUGACCUUCACCCCUCUGGUCGUCACCGUCGAUGGGGUGUGGGGGAGGGAGGCGGAGCACUUCUUCACCCGCUUGACUGAGCAGCUGUUGACGAGGCAGGGGUGGUCAGAUAGGGGGCGAGGGCGGGUGCAUGGGUGGCUGCGUGCUCGUUUGUCUGUUGCAUUGGUGCGGGCUGCUAGCCUGUGUUUGAGGGGCGGGAGGCAGUCAUGGCGUGGUGUUGGGGCGAUGGACGGGGCUGGGGUGUUCUCAUCGGAUGAGUGAGCGUGCCCUUUGUGCAUAGGCAUAUGUGGAUAGAUUCAUGGAGGCGAUUUGGGCAAGCGAGUGCAUGGAUGCCAUCUGUCAAUUAUCUCUUCCUGAAAAAAACAGAGAAAAGGGGCAACAUCGCCAUUUCUCUCGACUUGACAAGUCCCUUUCGGCGAUGACCUCGAUGACUUUGCAGGACGUGGCAGCUACCCUGAGACGACAAGAGAGAGGAGCCUGGUCGACACGAGCAGCGAGGAUAGAGAGAACAGAGAGAGAGCGAGUCGUUGAUGAAGAUGGCAG